AUGAGGGCCCUCACAGCAAUACUAAUUGCGACCGCGACCGCGCUCCCGCCCCUGAAAUGCGAUAGAGAAGAGCAGCACGGCGCCGCCUGGCGCGCCAUCAGAAACGAGGCCGUCUGGUCGCGAAGGACUUUUGACGCCGUCGAGCGGCUCCUCGCGCAGAAGACACCCCAGACACUGAAGCGGCCUAGAGUGUACGUCUACCCCUUUCCGCCGGCCUUCGCCAACGCCUCGAACCUCUGGGCCGCGGCGGGCCUCGACCAACAGGGCGCGGCGCUCUACUUCCAGGGACGCCAACAUGCGUCCGACGGCGACGGCGUCGGCGGUUAUUCGCGGGCGCGGAAGGCACUUGGACCGGACAACGUAGAGACCCUUAAGAUGCGUGGGCGGUACGCGCUAGUCCUCGGAAACGAGGGAAAACACACCGAAGCUGUGGCGAUUACUGAGGACGUCGUACGACGGUGCCGGCGCAUCUUUGGGAACGAUCAUCCGAUGACGGCGAAGGCCCAGGGCGCGCUGGCGCACGCUCGGAAACUACUUAGUAAGUCAUAAUAAC